AUGCUAGGCCAGAAUUCGGAUGAGAAGCCGCCACCUCAUGUCCAAGAUGCUGAAAUUGAUGAAGAUGUGGAAACUCUUGAAGGAUAUAUAAUGAUUGCAGUCCAGAUGAGAGCAAAGAUCCUCAAUCUUCAAGAAAAGGCCAAGGUGAGCCUUUUUGCAACCUCUCGGUUUAUCUGGGAAGUUGAGAGAAAGUUUGAGAAAGCUAUCAGGCUUGAAAUUCGCGCCACUGAUGUAGAUGUGCAAAUGUACCUUCAUCACCAAUUGCAGACCUGCCCAUCCUUGAUUUCAACCAACGAUAUCCUCAAGGAAACAAUAGCCAAGAAGAUCAUGCAAGCAGUUGAUGGAAUGUUUCUUCUCGCGCGUCCUUGUGUUGCCUUCCUGACCGCUGAGACCACACCCAAGGCAAUAAAAGUGGCACAUCAGGAGUGGAAAACUAUGAUCCAGGCAGCGGAUAACGACAAGAGGUCCAAAGUACUAGACAAUGUUUAUGAACAAGCCAUGCUGCGGGUUCAAGGCCAAGCCAAAGACCGCUAG